AUGGCUGAGGAUAAAACUUUCCGCUACGGACUCAUAGUGCUGGGCUUCUUCCUGGUGAUGAUUGGGAUGUUCAUCAUGAGCGUGGACAAGCCCCAGGUCUACAUCACCUUUUGCACCCUGGGGGUUUUAACCAUAGCAGUGGGGAUCACCUGGAGCAUGUGUCAGUGCUACCCCAAGAUAACGUUUGUCCCCAUGGAGACGGAGUCCGAGAAGUUCCUGUCACGCACGCCUGCUGUUUCGAUAGAAAAUGAAAUUCCGGAGAAGAGCUGCUCCCAGACUCCCUACACCAGCCAGGAAGAAGCUAAUGUCUAUGAGAAAAGCCUGCCAUCUUAUGAACAGAUCCAGAGGAAAGCAAAGGGCUCUGUGGAGUGUCUGGGGAUUCAAAUGGCCCCGCUCCUAGGUGACUGUGAGCUCAAGACAAGAGGAUGUCCCCAUCCCUUUGUACAGGCCAAGGCUGAGGUCCACAGGAUCUCAGAGAACAAUGGAGAAACCUACAGAGAUCCAGCAUCCCAAGUGGUCACAGCAACAAUCAGCAGCCCAUCAGAGAGGUCCCACAGUGCAGCGCCGCUGGCUUCCUUCCCGGAGGACACUGACCUUCCCUCUUCCGAGGGAUCCACCUCCAGCAGCCUGUUUCUGGGGGGAUCCACCAACUCACUGAGGAAUCCGCUCCCAUCACAGGGGCACACCCAGAAGCCCAGGUCUGAGCUUCCUCGCUAUGAAGAUUUUGCCCUGAUUGAUUCACCGCUGGCAGAAGGGUGGCGUCCAAGCCAGGAGCAAACACCAGCCCUACCCCAGAACUACCUGUCUGGGGCUGCCUCAGCAAGACAGUUUGCAUUGGUCUCAGGUCCUGGCUCAAAGGCAGCAGAGUCAGGAGAGAGACAGAGUGUGGAAGAGGAUGACAUGUAUUAUGGGUUAAAAGAGGGGCCAGAGAAUUUACUGAUAGCGGAUGAUUUUGUCUUUGAGCCAGAGACCUAA